AUGUCAAACAACGAGGGCAGCCCAGAUAAGAACAAUGGCGAUUUCCCAGAGGGAGGAAGAUACGAGGAUUAUCUUGCCAUGUUAGAGGACCAUAGAAAAAAUUGCGAGAGAGACGGAAACUUCGUAGAAGCUAAUAUUGCCAAGCAGAGAAUCGAAGAUCUUAAGAUACAAGAGGGUUAACGAUAACUUGAGAACUUAAUGUUAAAGUAAUAAUAAGACAGACUACAAAUGGAAGAGGAGCAUGCCAAAGAGUAUGAGAACUUCCAGUCUGAAUGGGAUCAAAGAAUGUAGUAAAAGGAACAGGAGCAUAACAUAGCACUUCAGCAGCUAGAGGAGAAUUAGCAAAAAGAACUUGAAAUGAAUAGAGCUAAUCUUGAAUAGAAAAUAUCAUAAGUAUUCAAGGCAUCAAGUGAGUUAUUGAACCUUAGAAAAAUCCAAGAUCAACUAGCUAGACAAAAGGAAUAUGCUGAGGCCCACAAGGUUCAAGCAAAAAUCUUGGAAUUAGAGAGAAUCGAGUAGGAUAAAUACAACGGAGCAAGAAAUAAGAAGAUAGUCGCAGCAGAGACCACUCUCAUCCAAAAGCAAUAAAUCUAAAUGAAUGCACUUAGAAAGAAGUGCGAGGGCCAGAUGGCUGAAGACAGAAAGUUGAGAGAGCAACAACAGGAGAAAAUGCUAUAGAGAUAUAUGAACAUUAAGAAGGAACUUGAAAAUGCUCAAAACUUAGAAAGAAUAAAACUAGAAAAGCUAUUUGGAAAGCAAAUCCUUGCUAGUCAAACAUCAUUGUCAUACGGUCAAAACAAAGAUAACUUACAAUACUCAGCCAGAUUAGGAUCACCAGGCAGAAAGAACUGGGCAAGUGCUAGCGCAAACCUAAAUAAUCCAGCUAGCAAACCAUCCAAUCAGUGA